AUGAAAUACAUAGCCACCACUCAGCCACCACGCAGCCUGCGCCUGUUCAAAUCACACGACAGUGAAUUAAUUGCUCCCAAGCCUGAGAGUAGAUGGGGAGGCCAUGAGCCUAUAGUCUUUCGGAACUUUAACUCUAUCAAAGGAUCCAGAGCUGCAGUCUAUACUCUACGGGGAACGCUUGAGAAUGAACAGGGAUGCAUCACUCUCUAUCCAUUCACGGAACACGGUAUGGUUAUCUUCAGCCACCAUUCCAAUCUCUGUACUGAUCAUGGAAUCCUAGAUGAUCCCCUAGGACCCUCGAUAUCGCGAAGACCAAUCGUCAGAGACGUACAAAGCCCACGCGUUAUCAACGCAGCCAAGAAACUUCUAUACGAAUGUCGAAGUCAGGAUAAACCCAGUGAAGGUCACGAAGAAUGCCGCUACUCAAGAGACACCGUCCUUCCCACUCGAGUCUUACAAGUCGGCGUCAACGAAGGCGAAGCUUGUCCCAUCCAACUUCAUAUCAAUGAUAGAGAUCGCUGCGGAUCAUAUUUAGCUCUGAGCUAUUGUUGGGGCGCCACGGAUCCCACAGCGAAGAAUAACCUUGUCCAGUUGGAGAAAGGUAACCAAAAGCACCUUAAGAAUGAGAUCAGGAUGGAAGACCUUGAACAAACGAUUCAGGACGCCGUUCGCAUGACAAGACAGCUUGGUUUCAAUUAUCUGUGGGUCGACAGGUUUUGCAUCUUGCAGGACGAUCACGAAGACAAGAAGAGGGAGUUUUCAAGAAUGGCCAUAACGUAUAAGAAUGCUGUUGUUACGUUGGUAGCCGGCACUGCUAAAGCUGCAUCUGAAGGAUUCUUGACCAUCAAACCCUCGAACAACGAACCGUUUCUCCCAAGUCGAAAAUUCAGUAUUACUAUGGAAGAUAACAGAAAGGGCAUUGUCUAUAUCCCAGACAAGCCAUACCAACCCGUCCACCCAAUCGACACACGAGGGUGGACUUUACAAGAGUUCAUGCUAUCGUCAAGGAUGCUUAUAUUCUCAGAUCACCAACUCUUGUGGCAGUGCAAGCAAACAGAUCUACAGAGCGUGACUGGCGACGAUGACGGUUUGGAGUACCAACAAGGCCUCGAAUCUCUGCCCUGGGCAGCAUUUGAGAACACAGCCGGUCCAUCAUUCGGAGCACAUGACGCUGAUAAGCUGUAUCUAUGGAAAACCAUCUUGAGACAAUACACAGAAAGAGAUCUGACAAAUCCUGGGGACCGACUCCCUGCUAUCACUGGCAUAAUAGCCGAAUUGCAAAAUGUUUGGAAGGAUACAGCUAUAUAUGGGCAUUGGGUGGAAUGGUUCAUUCAACUCUUGGCGUGGCAGAAGCCAGAAGAGGAUCGUGCGAAGGAGCGCUAUCUGUCAAGGGCACCCAGUUGGUCCUGGAUCUCAGUCAAUGGGAAAAUCCAUUGUGACGAAACAAUAGAAAAUGAAGAUGCCAAGAUGGAAAUAGUGACAGCUGCAAAGGCCACAAUGUCUUGUCGCAUCGUGUCGGGAGAUACCAUUGACAAACAUCAAGGGAGUUUGAGGGGUUUGAGAAUGCGAUCGCUUUGA